AUGGCGACUUGGGAGUGGGUGCUGCGGUCGGUCUCGGGGAACCUGACGCUGCGGAAGACCCAUGGCCUGAAACGGACAAACGCGCACACUCGACUUGUGUCGGCACCUCGAAACAGCCCCGGGGGCGGGGGGUUGCUCCCGAACGCUGGCGACCCUUGGGCUCGGAGCCGGGCGGCCUCGGCGCCCCUCGGGGGACGCGCGGGCCCCGGGGGCGGCGGUGACAUCCAGCCGCUGCCCGCGCCGCACGCCGCCGGCGGAACGCACCCGAGCCUCCUGUUGCUGGACUACGACGGGUCGGUGCUGCCCUUCCUCGGGGGCCUGGGCGGCGGCUACCAGAAGACCCUCGUCCUGCUCACCUGGAUCCCCGCGCUGUUCAUAGGCUUCAGCCAGUUCUCGGACUCCUUCCUCCUGGACCAGCCCAACUUCUGGUGCCGCGGGGCCGGCAAGGGCGCCGAGUCGGCGGGGGUCACGGCCACGGGCCGUUGGGGCGGCGGCGACCUGGCCAACGGGACCAGCCCCCCGACCACCCCCUUCCCCACCGCCGCCUGGGGGACAGCGGGCCCCCUCGGCAAUGGCAGCGGCGCGGACGGCGGCGAGGCGCCGCCCCUCCCGUCCCCCCCGGACAAGGGAGACAACGCCUCCAACUGCGACUGCCACGCGUGGGACUACGGCAUCCGCACAGGCCUGGUGCAAAACGUGGUCAGCAAGUGGGAUCUUGUGUGUGAUAAUGCCUGGAAGGUCCAUGUCGCUAAGUUCUCCUUACUGGUUGGAUUAAUCUUUGGCUACCUGAUAACUGGAUGCAUUGCUGACUGGUUCGGCCGGCGGCCUGUGCUGCUGUUCUCCAUCAUCUUCAUCCUCAUCUUCGGGCUGACCGUGGCGCUGUCCGUGAACGUGACCAUGUUCAGCACACUCAGGUUCUUCGAAGGGUUCUGCCUGGCGGGAGUGACCCUCACCCUGUACGCGCUGCGUAAGUAGGGGCCUUCGGGUGAGGGGAGGUGAGGGAGCAUGUGGCCGCCACAUGCACGGUGUGGGCAGGCGUCCGCGUGCUGCGACUCUGGAGCGCAGACGACGGCAUCUUCCACAGCUAGGACCCUGCUCCCAGGCUAUGUGUCUCACCCACCCUCCAGCCUGGACUCCAGCUCAGGCUCAGGGUGCAUCAGAGCCUGUGGGGGGUUGCAUCGCCGCCUGGAGAAGUGGGGCUUGGCCUGCCACAGGGGCCGGGGUCCUCCGUGUUGACUCACGUGCUCCUCCAAACCCAGGCGUCCCCGCGCUUGGCUCCAGGGAGCAAAGCAAGUGGCUCACGUUUGGUGUGGGCUCCGUGUUCUGGUGGAUUUCUUAAAGAGUUUUCUUUCUUUGUGUUUUUCGCUAAGGCUAUACAGAGUCCAAAUGUCCGACAUUCCUGUGUGGCCUGAGUGGUCUGGACUUGAACCCCAAGCCCUGGUGCUGGGAGAUGUAAGUGGCGAUCUUUUCAGGGUGAAGAGACUGUCCUCUGUUGAUCCGCCGUGUAGGCGUCCGUGUGGACCCCCCUGCUAGGAUGGCCGUCUUGCUUGUUUGGUGUUUUCUAGUGCGUGGCCACACACCCACAGGGAGAAGGAAGGUUUUAGGUGUGGAUGUUUAUUUAUUUUACAGUUUUAUAUUUUUUAACCAUGGUGUGGAAAGAACCAUAAGGAAUAAUAUAAGGUUAUUCGUAACAUAUUUUCCUUUUCUUUCCCUUGGACAACAUGUGUAGGAUCAGAGAUUAAGUAGCAAUUUCUAGAGGGGUCGAUAAGGAUAGCUCUGAUUAUCUUCAGGGGCAGCUACCUUUGUUUAGCGUAUGAUCCCUUUAAACGACACUGUUAAGUAAACUGGAUUUUGUUCCCUGCUGUAGAGGAUAGAACUAUGGUCCAUUACAGCAUGGGUUUACAGUCACGGAGAAGAAGACUGCAGAUGUGGUCUCCUGAACCCACAGUCGGCUGUUCUGUUAUCUUCUUCUGACGUUGACUUGAGUUGUGGUUUCAUAGACAUCACCGUUUUCAGGUUAUUUGCAUCUGUCCUGGCAGCCUCGCUCUGGGGGGUCCUUAGGACUGUGCCUGUCCCGGGUCAGCGCGUUGGUGUGACGACCCUGUGGAGGGCUUGUCUCUCUCAACAGAGGUCUCGGGGUGCGUCUGGAGCCGGAGCGCUUCCCUAGGAGC